UUAAAGUCGACACACUGGACAUCCCAUCCUCUCAAAGUCGAUACUUUCGACUCCGAGACAAGCUAGUAGCAUGAACACGUAGAUUUGGGCUUGGGGUUCUUGAGGACCUCCAUCAACAUCGCAUUUACAUAAAGAUAGACAACCAACCGCAACCUCCUAGAAAAAAUGGGAAAUGUGCAAUCGUCGUCCGAUGCGGAUGGCGUUCCCGCUGGCUGGUGUCUUAUCCAGCCAGUGGAGAUGCACUCGCCCAAGGAAGCUGCCGCUGGCAGGCGGUCAGGAGGUUCUUCAUCAUCAACAUCUCAGCAACAACAAGGACAACUUGCUCAAGGACUGUCAGGAUCUUCCUCCAUCCAGCAAAUGUUCCCAAGCGCCACAGCCCCAGGUAUGUUGUUCGAUAGUACGAUGUUUGAUUCGUCGAUGUUUGACUCGAGCAUGUGGACGGACAGGAGUUCGUGGCUUGGAGGUGGUGCAAAGCCUUCAGGAGGAUCAGCCGACGAUGCCGAGAACGAUGAUGAUGACUGGCUAGCAGUCGAGGACUUCGAUGAGGUGUAUGGGAGAGCUGCUGGCCGCGCGGCUGGCGGUGGUUCUGCAUCAUCUACUGCGCCACCGCAUGUCGUCAUUGGGGACUAUAUCAAGAAAGCAGGGGAGUAUUUGAAGACUACGAUUGCCAGUGGGGCAGGAGCGGUUGGCAGUGAAGAUCCUGGUGUAGGAGAUGCUGAAGUCGCAACGAACAAGGAUCUUGCAGCGUCAACAAUAAGCUUAGUGGGAAAGCCUUUAACUCGCCUGCUGGUCAUCUACGUCCAGAAAUAUCCGCGAGCGUUGAUUUUACGAUUACGCAGGAAUCCUACAACUGGAGAGGCAGAAUUUCGUGCCGAAUGGAGGCAUAUUGUCAAGAAAGAAGCUGUGGAGUCCUUCUCAGAGUCAUUGCUGUCGACGCAAGGUUUGUCAUUGUUACUCGGCAAGUUGAUAGAGGUAUUGAAGAUCGACAAAAGUUACACGUUGCAAGACGAAGCACUAGCAGAAGAAGAGUGGCGAAAAGAACAACUCGAGACGCUGGAGAAAAAGAGGGUAGAGGCUCAGAAGGUCGUGGGGAAAGCUCAAGAAAAAGACCGCUUGAAGCAUCAGAAGCGCCUCGAAAAGGUCGAGAAGGACCGACAAGAGCUUGACAAGCGAUCUCCACCUGCACCGAAUGGUAAAGUGUUGAAGUUGCUGGGAACAGAAGGUUUGGAUUGUGCGCGGAUGCGAUACGAUGGUACGGAUGUGGGUGCUGGGUUCUUCUUAUGUUAUGGCUAGGUUGAUCUUGAUGAAGAGAAGUUUCUAGUAUAAUGAAGAUCGCCAGGAACACCUUACCUCAUGCGUAGAAAAGGAGCAUAAGCGCAAAAAAUAGGCGCGAACAUAUGUUCUACCGACCUUCUUGAGCGCUAGCCUAAACCUGCUAGAGCAGCCCUGUCGAUAUGCGGCCGAAUUACAACCCUGGGAAAAGAGUGAAAGUCAGUGCUCGCGUCCUUUAGACGCCAGCACUAGGAACCUCCUUGCUAUAAGAAAGUAGGUCAUAAACAUAAUGACAAUGUCAGUAGAUGACUCGAAGGUGGGAAACUAGAUACAGUGUGCAACUUGUCCGUUGCGACCUCUAAAUUCCUCAUCCUCGAGUGCCCGUAACGCAUAUCUGGUGUGUGGUGGAAUGGACGUGUUGGGGUACGAUACCGAAUCUCAGAGAGAUCCACUUCUACAGUGGCUCCACGCUAGGUCAUGUGUACAAGCACGAUGUGCCAGGUGGUACAGAGAGGGAAGAUGGAGGACGAAAAUGAUUCAAGUCUUUUACCAGUUGAUAAUUCUUGGCGACCGCAGUCAUCUUGGGAUACGAUUUUUUUUGAAAUAUCCUUGGUAUUGGGCCUGGGCCCGUGAGGGUUUUCAGGUUCAAAAUUCAAUGUCAGAUGCAAAUGCAAUAGACAUUUUUUGGGAGGCU